AUGGGCCAGGGAAGCAAUGUCACAGAAUUUGUCCUCCUAGGCCUCACUCAGGAUCCUGUUGGGCAGAAAGCACUGUUUGUCAUGUUCUUACUCAUGUACAUUGUGACAAUUGUGGGCAACCUACUCAUUGUAGUGACACUUAUUGCCAGCCCUUCCUUGGGCUCCCCAAUGUACUUCUUCCUUGCCUGCUUGUCACUCCUGGAUACUGUUUAUUCCACUUCCAUCUCACCCAAGUUGAUUAUAGACUUACUUGUUGAUAAAAAGACUAUCUCCUUCACAGGUUGCAUGAGCCAACUCUUCAUAGAGCACUUAUUUGGUGGUACUGAGAUUGUUAUUCUUGUGGCGAUGGCCUAUGAUCGCUAUGCAGCAAUCUGUAAACCACUUCAUUAUUUGAGCAUCAUGAAUCAAAGGGUUUGUAUUCACGUGUUGGUGGUUGCCUGGGCUGGGGGUUUCACACACUCUCUGGUUCAAAUUCUCUUUGUGUAUAACCUUCCUUUCUGUGGCCCUAAUGUCAUUGAUCAUUUCAUGUGUGACAUGUCUCCUUUAUUAGAACUUGUGUGCACUGACACCUACUUCAUUGGCAUCACUGUCAUUGCCAAUGGUGGAGCCAUGUGUAUAGUGGUCUUCAUAAUUCUUCUGGCUUCAUAUGGAGUCAUUCUAAACUCUCUUAAGACACAUAGCCUGGAAGGGAGGCGCAAAGCCCUGUCUACCUGCAGCUCUCACGUCACGGUGGUUGUCCUCUUUUUUGUUCCUUGUAUUUUCAUGUAUGCUAGGCCUGUUUCCAACUUUCCUAUUGAUAAAUCCAUUACUGUUUUUUAUACAGUUGUCACUCCCAUGUUGAAUCCUUUAAUAUACACCUUAAGAAAUUCAGAGAUGAAAAAUUCUAUGGAAAAGCUCUGGUGGAAAAUGUAA